UUUCUGCUCCAGCCCCUUCAGGAUAUCCUGUCAUUCAGCCAGGGCAUAUAUACAGUUGAGAGUGGCCAAUGUCACGGCAACCCCUGGAUUUGCCAUUUUUCCUGUCUAGAGGCAGGUCUCACAUAUCAUCUGGUUCAACCCAGGGAAAGGAGAGGGAAGGAUUUAAAAACAGACACUGAAAUGAGAAAGAAUUCACUGGAAGCUCUUCAGACAAAGUUAAAAUAGGUAAACAGCUCUGACAGGGGCCUGGCACGGAGAAGGAGCAAAUAUUUUCUCGCCAUGCUACGAAAUUCAAUCCCCUUCCUUCUUGGAUUGGUUGUACAAAAUUUCUGCUCCCCACCGGGAACUGCAGAGCAGACAAAAAGAUGCGAUAAGAAGUCUCUGCUUGUCAUGAGGACUGAGUGCCAAUCCUGCCCGCUCAACUUUGAAAUUGACUGCCCAGAUGGUUACACCAAGGUUACCAAUGGCUCCAUAGGGGUUCGAGAUUGCAGGUAUGCCUUUGUGGUCAGAUCAUACUCGCUGUCUCUCCCUGGAUGCCGCCACAUCUGUAGGAAGGACUACCUCCAGCCUCAGUGCUGCCCAGGCCACUGGGGCCCAGACUGCAUGGAGUGCCCAGGAGGAGCCAGGUCGCCCUGCAGCGGCAGGGGCAGCUGCGACGAAGGCAUGGAAGGAAACGGAAGCUGCUCAUGCCAAGAAGGGUUUGGUGGAACAGCCUGUGAAACCUGUGCUGAUGACAACUUAUUUGGACCCAACUGUACAGGAGUGUGCAGCUGUGUGCAUGGAGUGUGCAACAGCGGACUCGAUGGCAAUGGAACCUGCGAGUGUUACUCUGCAUACACCGGCCCCCACUGUGACAAGCCCAUCCCUGAAUGUGCAGCCUUGCUCUGCCCAGAAAAUUCCAGAUGCUCACUUUCCAGUGAAGAUGAAACAAAGCUAGAAUGCAAAUGCCUUCCCAAUUACAAAGGCGAUGGCAAAUACUGCGAGCCCAUCAAUCCCUGUUCACAAAAUGUCUGCCACCCUCACGCUCAUUGCACGUUCCUGGGACCAAAUCAGCACAAUUGUACCUGCCGAGAAGGCUACCACGGGGAUGGCCAAGUGUGCUUACCAGUCGACCCCUGCCAAAUCAACUUCGGAAACUGCCCUACGAAGUCCACGGUGUGCAAAUAUGAUGGGCCAGGACAGUCUCACUGUGAGUGUAAGAAACAUUACCAUGGCUUUGUCCCCGGCGUGGGGUGCAGUGUGACCGAUAUCUGCAAAUCUAACAACCCCUGUCACAGGAACGCCAACUGCUCCACCAUCGCACCAGGCCAGGCCAAAUGCACUUGCCAGAAAGGUUACGUGGGUGAUGGCUCAAGGUGUUAUGGAAACAUCAUGGAGCGACUCAGAGAAUUAAACACUGAACCUAGAGGAAAAUGGCAAGGAAGGCUGACCUCUUUCAUCUCGCUUCUGGACAAAGCCUACGCCUGGCCACUCAGUAACCUGGGACCAUUCACGGUGCUGUUGACGACAGACAAGGGGCUGAAAGGAUUCAAUGUUAAAGAGCUUUUGAUGGAUAAUAAGGCUACUCAGUACUUUGUGAAACUCCACAUAAUUGCUGGCCAGAUGAACACUGAGCGUAUGAAUAACACAGACACAUUCUACACCUUGACGGGGAGGUCAGGGGAAAUCUUCAAUGGUGAUAAGGACAAUCAACUAAAGCUUAAACUCGAUGGAGGAAAAAAGAAGGUAAAAAUUAUAGAGGGGAACAUAGUUGCUUCCAAUGGGCUCCUGCACAUUCUUGACAGAGCCAUGGACAAGAUGACGCCCACGUUUGAGAGCAACACAGAGCAAACCAUAAUGACAAUGCUACAACCAAGGUACAGCAAGUUCAGAUCCUUGUUAGAGAAAACCAAUGUGGGAUAUGCCUUAGAUGAGGAUGGAGUUGGUGGACCAUACACCGUUUUUGUUCCAAGUAAUGAAGUAUUGAGUAACAUGAAGGAUGGCACUCUCGAUUAUCUCCUCUCUCCAGAGGGAUCUUGGAAGCUUCUGGAACUCGUCAGAUACCACAUUGUCCCCUUUACCCAGCUCGAAGUGGCCACCCUCAUUUCAACCCUUCGCAUUAGGACCCUGGCCAACCAGAUCAUACAGUUUAACACAACCAGCAAUGGGCAGAUUCUGGCAAAUGAUGUGGCAAUGGAAGAACUUGAGGUCGCUGCCAAAAAUGGCCGAAUCUACACACUGACUGGAGUUCUGAUUCCUCCCUCCAUCGUCCCAAUUCUGCCCCACCGAUGCGACGAAGCAAAGAGUGAGAUGAAACUGGGCACGUGUAUGAGCUGUUCCCUCAUCUAUUUGAGCAGAUGUCCUGCCAACUCCGAGCCCACGGAACUCUUCACACACAAAUGUGUCUACACCGGCAGAACCAGGAACUUGAAGAGUGGCUGUGCCAGAUACUGUAAUGCCACUGUGAAGAUACCAAAGUGCUGCAAAGGCUUCUACGGGCCCAACUGCAACCAGUGUCCAGGAGGCUUCUCGAACCCAUGCUCGGGAAACGGACAGUGCAUAGACGGCCUCAGCGGCAACGGAACGUGCAUUUGCCAGGAUGGCUUCCACGGCUCCCAGUGCCAGUUCUGCUCGGAUCCCAACAAGUACGGACCUCGGUGUGACCAACAAUGCCUGUGCAUUGACGGAACGUGUGAUAACCGGGUGGACAGUGAUGGGGCCUGCCUCCCCGGCACGUGCAGAGAGGGCUCUGCGGGGAGGUUCUGCCACAAGCAGACCUCAGCCUGUGGGCCCUACGUGCAGUUCUGUCACAUCCACGCCACCUGUGAAUACAGCAAUGGGACAGCAAGCUGUGUUUGCAACGCAGGAUAUGAAGGGGACGGAAGCCUCUGUUCAGAGAUGGAUCCUUGCGCGGGAUUAACCGCAGGGGGCUGCAGCCGCAACGCAGAAUGCAUCAAAACUGGCGUGGGGACCCACACCUGCGUGUGCCAGCAGGGCUGGACCGGGGACGGAAGAGACUGCUCAGAGGUCAACAACUGCCUGCUGCCCAGCGGUGGUGGCUGCCAUGACAACGCAACCUGUCUGUACCUGGGCCCCGGGCAGAAUGAGUGUGAGUGCAAGACUGGAUUUCGAGGCAAUGGCAUUGAAUGUGAACCAAUAACUUCCUGCUUGGAACAAACUGGGAAAUGUCAUCCCCUGGCAGCCUGUCAGUUCACCUCUGGCGUCUGGAGCUGUGUUUGUGGAGAAGGCUAUGAAGGCGACGGCUUUCUGUGCUAUGGAAGCGCGGCCGUGGAAUUGUCGUUUCUCUCCGCGGCAGCUAAAUUUAACCAGUGGAUAAGUAACGCCUCUCUGCAUCCCAUGCUGUCAGCUGCCUCCAACCUCACUGUCCUCGUGCCUUCCCAACAAGCUAUCGAGGACAUGGACCAAGAUGAGAAAGCCUUUUGGUUGUCCAAGAGCAAUAUUCCAGCCCUGAUAAAAUACCAUACACUCCUAGGCACGUACGGGGUGGCAGAUCUGCAGGCUCUGUCAUCUUCUGAUAUGCUGGCCACGUCUUUGCAGGGCAACUUCCUUCACCUGGCAAAGGCAGAUGGGAACAUCACAAUUGAAGGGGCGUCCAUUGUUGAUGGUGACAACGCAGCCACAAACGGAGUGAUACACAUCAUCAACAAAGUUCUGGUUCCCCAAAGAGGUCUAACUGGCUCCUUACCAAACCUGCUCACCCGGCUGGACCAGAUGCCUGACUACUCCAUCUUCCGGGGCUACCUCAUUCAAUAUAACCUGGUGAAUGCAAUCGAGGCUGCCGAUGCUUACACAGUGUUUGCUCCAAACAACGACGCCAUUGAGAAUUACAUCCGGCAAAAGAAGGUCACCACUCUAGAGGAAGACAUUCUCAGGUACCACGUGGUCUUGGAGGAGAAACUGCUGAAGAAUGACCUGCACAACGGCAUGCACCGGGAGUCCAUGCUGGGCUUCUCCUACCUCCUCGGCUUCUUUCUCCGCAAUGACCAGCUCUACGUAAAUGAUGCUCCGAUAAACUACACCAAUGUAGCCACUGACAAGGGAGUGAUCCAUGGCUUGGGGAAAGUUCUGGAAAUUCAGAAGAAUCGAUGUGAUAAUAACGACACCACUAUUGUACGAGGAAAGUGUGGGAAGUGUCCCCAGCAACCCAUCUGCCCACUUGGAAGUAAACCGCUAGGCAGCCAGAUAAGGAAAUGUAUCUAUACCAUUUAUUUCAUGGGCAAGCGAUCUGUGUUCAUUGGGUGCCAGCCAAAUUGUGUGAAAACUGUCAUUACCAGAGAAUGCUGUGCGGGCUUCUUCGGCCCCCAGUGCCAGCCCUGCCCCGGGAAAGCCGAGAACGUCUGCUUUGGAAAUGGCAUCUGCCUGGACGGGAUGAACGGCACGGGCGUGUGCGAGUGUGGAGAGGGCUUCAACGGCACAGCCUGCGAGACCUGCACGGAGGGCAAGUACGGCGUCCACUGUGACCAAGCGUGUGCUUGUGUACAUGGGAGAUGCAGCCAAGGGCCCGCGGGCGACGGCUCCUGCGAAUGCGACGUUGGCUGGCGAGGAGUGAAAUGUGACUUUGAGAUCACAAAGGACAACUGCAACGGGACCUGCCACACCAGCGCCAACUGCCUUCCCAAUCCGGAUGGCACAGCCACGUGCAAAUGCGCGGCAGGAUUCCAGGGAAAUGGGACAGUCUGCACAGCAAUCAAUGCCUGUGAGAUCAGCAAUGGAGGUUGCUCUGCCAAGGCUGACUGUAAAAGAACCACCCCAGGAAGACGAGUGUGCGUGUGCAAGGCAGGCUACAUGGGCGAUGGCAUUGUAUGCCUAGAGAUCAACCCAUGUCUGGAGAACCACGGUGGCUGUCACAGGCACGCAGAGUGCACACAUACGGGACCCAACCAGGCCGUCUGCAACUGUUUGCCAAGAUACACUGGGGAUGGGAAGGUCUGCACGCUCAUCAACACCUGCUUAAAUAGAAACGGCGGCUGUAGUGCAUUUGCCAUCUGCAACCACACGGGAGAAGAAGAGAGGACCUGUACUUGCAAGCCGAACUACAUUGGGGACGGGUUCACCUGCCGCGGCAACAUCCAUCAGGAGCUUCCCAGGAACCCCAAAACUUCCCAGUAUUUCUUCCAGCUGCUGGAGCACUCUGUGCGAGACCUGGCUGGUCCAGGCCCCUUCACCGUUUUUGCACCUUUGUCAGCAGCCUUUGACGAGGAACCUCGGAUUAAAGACUGGGACAGACAGGGCCUCAUGCCCCAGGUUCUUCGGUAUCAUGUGGUCGCCUGCCACCAGCUGCUCCUAGAAAACCUGAAAUUGACCCCAAAUGUUACUUCUCUGCAAGGGGAGUCCAUUGUCAUCUCCGUCUCUCAGGACACGGUGGAAAUAAAUAAUAAAGCUAAGAUCAUAUCCAGUGAUAUCAUCAGUACCAAUGGAGUCAUCCACAUCAUAGACAAAGUGCUGUCUCCCAAAAACUUGCUUAUCAUCCCCAGAGAUUCUGCUGGAAAGGUUCUGCAAAAUCUUACGACACUGGCAAUGAACCAUGGCUACAGCAAAUUUAGCAACUUAAUACAGGAUGCUGGUUUGCUGAGCCUCAUCACGGAUCCCAUCCACACCCCGGUCACUCUCUUCUGGCCCUCCGACCAAGCCCUCCAAGCCCUACCCCGGGAGCAGCAGGACUUCCUGUUCAACCAAGACAACCAGGACAAGCUGAGGGAGUAUCUGAAGUUCCACGUGAUCCGAGACGCCAAGGUUCUGUCAGUGGAUCUGCCCAGAUCUGCUGCCUGGAAGACCCUGCAAGGCUCCAAGCUGAGUGUGCAGUGCGGCGCUAACAGCAAUAUCAGCGAACUCUUCCUGAACAGCCAAACAUGCAGGAUUAUACAACGGGAGCUCUUAUUUGACCUGGGUGUGGCCUACGGCAUUGACUGUCUACUCAUUGACCCCACCCUGGGGGGCCGCUGUGACACCUUUACUACCUUCGAUAUCUCGGUCAGUCCUACAAACACUACUCUUAUUGUGAUAAGAGAACCUUUCCCUGUAAUUUUGUCUCUUCCAGCCUGCCCCGGAGGACCAGAUGCCCCGUGUAAUAACCGGGGUGUCUGCCUUGACCAGUACUGGGCCACGGGAGAGUGUAAAUGCAACACUGGCUUCAACGGGACAGCGUGCGAGCUGUGCUGGCCAGGGAGAUUCGGGCCUAACUGUCAGCCCUGUGGCUGCUCAGACCACGGACAGUGUGAUGAGGGGAUCACAGGCUCCGGACAGUGCCUCUGUGAAGCUGGGUGGACCGGCCGCUUCUGUGACACGCAGGCAGCUUUGCCCCCAGUGUGCACACCUCCUUGUUCUGCUCACGCUACCUGUAAGGAGAACAACACGUGUGAGUGUAACCUGAAUUAUGAAGGCGACGGAAUAACGUGCACAGUGGUGGAUUUCUGCAAACAGAACAACGGGGGCUGUGCGAAGGUCGCCAAGUGCUCCCAGAAGGGCACCAAGGUCUCCUGCAGCUGCCCGAAGGGCUACAAGGGGGACGGUCGCAGCUGCUCGGAGGUAGACCCCUGUGCGGACGGCCUCAACGGGGGGUGUCAUGAGCAUGCCACCUGCAGGAUGACCGGCCCGGGCAGGCACAAGUGUGAGUGUAAAAGUCAUUACGUCGGAGACGGGGUGGACUGCCAGCCGGAGCAGCUGCCCAUCGACCGCUGCCUGCAGGACAACGGGCAGUGCCAUGCCGAUGCCCACUGUACCGACCUCCACUUCCAGGAUACCACCGUUGGGGUGUUCCAUCUCCGCUCCCCUCUGGGCCAGUAUAAGCUGACCUUUGACAAAGCCCAAGAGGCCUGUGCCAAUGAAGCUGCCACCAUGGCGACCUACAACCAGCUCUCCUAUGCUCAGAAGGAGACCAGGUUUGUCGAUGGAAGAGCCAUUCUACAGUGGGACAUCUUUGCCUCCAAUGGGAUCAUUCAUGUCAUUUCCAGGCCUUUAAAAGCACCUCCUGCCCCAGUGACUGCAGCCCACACUGGCUUGGGAACAGGGAUAUUCUUUGCCGUCACCCUGGUCCUCGGGGCCAUCGCUUUGGCUGCAUAUUCCUACUUCCGACUAAACCGGAGAACAAUUGGCUUCCAGCAUUUCGAGUGUGAAGAGGAUUUCGAUGUCACAGCUCUUGGCAAGCAGCUGCCUGAGAAUAUCUCGAACCCCAUGUACGAGAGCGCCACCUCGGCUCCCCCAGAACCUUCCUACGACCCCUUCAUGGACUCUGAGGACCAGCUGCUGGAGGGCAGUGACCCCCUGGGGGCGCUGUGAGGGUCGGACCCGCUGCAGCCAGCGAGCCCCACAGCCACCUGGGCCCCCAGCCUCCUCACGAAGGCUGCGAACUGUGAAUCCUCGGCCCCAGUGGCCUCUGGGGAACAUAAGGUCCUUGAACAUGUGGAUGUCUAAAGCACGCAAGUCGUACCUCAUCUCCUUGGUUCAUCUGGGGGUUCUUUUGUUUCUGUGGGUGAGGAAUGAUGUGGACUCCACCCAUCAACUCAGGGGACUUCCCCCACCUGACCUUUGGCUGUCCUUCCUGUGUGUCACCUUUAGUCUUUAGAUGGCACUUACCACAUCCUACCCAACUCAACAAUAACUGUGACCUCCUCUUAUUUUCCUACUAGAUUGUAAGCUCCCACAGGCAGGGACUCACCUCAUUUGUCUUGUAUCUGAGCACUUAGCACAGUUUCUGGAACAUGAAAGGGGCUCAAUAAAUGUUUAUGGAACAGAAA